AUGGUGCUACUCAAGUUUAAAAAUGAAAGCGAUUAUGAAUCUCUCCAUGAAAAGGUUGGCAAGAUAUUUUUCUUUGAUUGGAAGGAAAUCGAAAAUCCGGUGAGUUUACAUUUGAACAUUUAUUUGAGAGUGAAAGUUUCUAAUGUUUUUGAAGACCCCUUCAGAAUUUUCAAAGAAAUUUACUUAAGACAAAAUUAGAAACCUUUUCAGUGUCUAUCUGAAAAUGAUAAAUUUUUCGUGCCACGUGGUUUUUUAGGGUAUUUUUAAAAGUUGAAUGAUUUCUGUAUUUUUUUGAAUUUUACUUGAUAAAUAGGCCAAAAGUGGAUCGUUGAAAAAAAAGCUAAACAUGCCAAAUGCCAAGUUGAAAACAUUUUGGGAUAAAAUUUGAUUUUGUCGUAAAAAAAGAGAUAUCAAUUUUCUGAAAGUUCUGGAGCAAAUUUGGAAAAUUGUGAUCUUAAAGGGGCUUUUCUUCUACGGUAACAAGCACACAGACAAAAAAAUGAAACAAAAAGACACACUGUUAUUGUGAAAAUAAAAAUAGAUGGCAGAAAAUAAAUAAAGAAACGUGAACAUUUUCAGAGAACCCAUGUCGUUGGGAGCGUUGCGGUCACGCGCUGCGUGCUCCAUUUUCAGAAUUUUAUUAAUUUUUCCCAUUUUUUGAGCAAAUUUUCGAAAAUGAAACACGCAUCGCGUGACCGCAACGCCCCCAACGACAUGGGUUCUCUGAAAAUGUUCACGUUUCUUUAUUUAUUUUCUGCCAUCUAUUUUUAUUUUCACAAUAUCAUUGCGGACUAGGCAGAAAAAUGGGUAUAUUCUUUUUCUUUUUCUUUCAUAUUCUUUUUAUUGUCAAUCCGAAAAAAAAGAAACCUUCUGUUUGAAUUGGCGCUCACGUACAGUAGACUAAAAUGACGUGACACAUGCACAUCAAACUGGUUGGCAAAUAGCCAACGUGUAAAUUUUGCAUUUUAUUUUUCAAAUAGACUCCAAAAUUUUGCGAAGUCUACUGUAGCCUUGGUUUCUUAGGCCAUUUCGGUUCUCUUCCAAGGUUCUUAUUUUUUCGGAUUGACAAUAGCUACGUGAAAUUGCGUGAUUGGCUGGGAUGAGUGAAAUCGGGCUUUUUUUCGAAAUGAGUACCACGUUUUACUGACGUGGCAACGGUUCGCAAUCACAAAAUUUGCUUCUUUUUUUCUCCUGUAAAGCAAAACCGCAGUAGUGCGUCAAUAUUUUGAACUAACUAUAAACAAGCCUAAAAUAACGGGAUUUUUCAGAAUAGUUGUCUUCAUAAGUUAAUUUCAUUUUCUAAUUGAAACUUUAUUUAUAAAAUCUUUCAGUUUUUUCGAAAAAAAAUUUCGGAAGAUUGAAAUCUGAAAAUUGAGCAGAAAUAAUUUUUCAAAUCGUAUUUUUUCGAGACUUUCAAGCUUUGCCACGUCAUAGCUAAUAUUACUCACAACACAAUCGUUUUAUUUCUAAAUUCCAGUCAAAACCUACUUUCUUGCAGUUCGAUAUUCUUCCAAUGGAAAUGAAAAUGAUGAUUUUCAUAUAUUUGGAUCCGGAAGAUAUAACUCAAUUUGGAAAAUGCUCAAAAAGUUGUCAAAAAUUAUUCAAAUUAUUUCGACCAAAAAUCAAAAGUGUAUAUUAUCAAGGAAAUAUAAUGAGCGCAUUGGAACAUUCUCAAGAAUGUUUUCUACAAAUCCAAUUUCAUAAAUACCCGGGCAAAAUAUAUGAAAUAGUAAUUGAAACAUUGAAAUCAAUCAAUUCGAAAAAAAUAUCGAGAAGAAAUAAGAUGAUUGACAGUGAAUUAAUAAUCGUGGAAACUAUUGGAUCGAAACAAUUAUCGACAAAAGAUACUAAAGGAAGCAGAUCCAGUAUUUUUCUUACAAAGUUAGUUUUUUUUUGUUUGGCUGAAAAAUUUAGUCACCGAUCAAUUUUGAUCUAACACAAGAUGCCAGUCCAAUCACAUGUCAGUCCGAAAAAAUUGGCUAUCGGUGAGAGUGAGGAAGAUUCUGAACUUGUUCUGCACUUCGGUACACUUGAGUGCUUAAACCUUAUGCACCUUCCUUGUUAGAGAAAAAAUAGAUCAAACGUUCAGUGAAAAUUGUGAGUGUGAAAUUCCAUAAUUUUUGAAAUUUCGGUUUCUAAACAUAUUUUGCUUCUAAAAAAAUUGAGGAUAACUUAUAUUCGCUUGGCACAGUGAAAGUUCGAGAAUGAAUUCUCAAAAAUGAAGCUGAAGGCUAUUUCUAGGUUUCACAAAUCCAUGAACUUAAAGGUGGAGUCCGAGCAAAAAAUAAGUUAUGUUAAUUUGAAAAAGCAUAUUCAAAUUAGUAAAUUUCUCGAAGGAUUUUUUAUAAAAAUCUGUAUUGAACAAGAAACACUGCGCCAAACUACUUGAAAAUUUGCAUUUUUGCAUUUUCUCAAGCCAUUUUACACGGUGUUUCACUGUUUUUAUGAACUUUUAACUUGUUUUAUUAAUGUUUGAAACACUUUCAUUAAAAAUCCUUCGAGGAUUCUACUAAUUAGAACAUGCUCUUUCAAAUGAGCACAACUUAUUUUUUGCUCGGACUCCACCUUUAAAUAGCUGUAAAUCACGCGGACGCAACGAAAUUUGACUCUAGAUAUCACAGUUCAAUUCCAGCGGCAUUCAUAUUUUCAGAUUCUCAACAACACCACAAUCAACAUAUCAAGAUGUGAAACUACUAUUACAACGAACAAAUCCAAAAUGUCGUCAAAUGAUUGCCCUUGAAAUGUUCAAAAAUAUUAUUGAAUUCAACAAAUCAUCGAUUGAUGAAAUUACAAUUGAAGCAAAUAUUAUUGUAAGUUGAAAAAAUGUUUUUUUUUCAUCCACCUUUUUAUUGCACAAAGAGGGUUUCAUUAUUAACUUAGAAUUAUUAACUUUGAAAAGUUUGAAUUUAUUUUUUUUUCUGCGAAUUUUUCGAAUUGAGUUUCGGUAAAAACGGGAAAGAAAAGCUCAAAUUAAGACCUAAUUAACUGUUAAAGACACAAGAGCAGCUAGAAAUGAGCAGAAAAUGAGUUUGUUAUUCAUUCAUAACACCUUUCAAGUAAUCAAAAUUCAUGAAAAUCAAGAAAAAAUUUUGAGUCUAGCAAAAGUGAAAAAAUAAAAUAAUUGUUUUUGAAAUCGCUCAGCGUAAAUUUCGAAAGUGUUUGCACACAGUGUUCGCUGUUCGCUAGAGCGCACAUGCUCGUUUUGUCAUUUGAAAAUAAAUGCGGGAAAUCUGUUUUUCCAGUGUUUCUUGUGUCUUUGAAAAUAUUUCAUUGUGCAGAACUGCGGCGCCGUGUUCACAUAUCGGCACCAUAACUUUUUGCCGCCUGAAGCUUCCAUACUACGGUAAACACGAGGCUAUGUAGCUUAUUGUCGCCUAUUCGUUUGCAUAAUACAACGAUAAAAGUGGCAAUGAAUAGCAACAUAGCUGAAUGUUUGGAAACAUCGCCCCUGUGUUGCUAUUUUUGGUGACGUGAAAGGGUGUGAUUUUAGAAUUCUAGCUAAUUUUUUUUAGCCGAGAUCGUCCUUAGCUUUGAACCUAAAUACCUUUAUUAAUUUUAGGAAUCAUUUUACAUGAGAUCAAUCGAUAUUUAUUCGGAAAACUUGAAAUUAUUGCGAAUCGAUGGAAAUUUCACAAAUCAUCCACAAUUGAAUCAAUUUCUCUCGAUUGAAUUUGUUAGGAUGAAAAAUUUCAAAAUUAGCUCGCAACAUCUUCCAAUGAUAAAAUCAAAGUAUCUUGAGUUGCACAGAACAGUUAUGGACCAAAGAUUGUAUGAACUAUUUUUGAAAAAUUGGAGAGAUGGAUUGAUGGAAAAUUUGAGAGGAGUUUCGAUGGUUGGAGAUGAACAUGAUUGGUUUCGUUGUUUGUUUGGUGAUAAUACGAUGCUUAGAUUUGUGAUGGGAGAAAAUGGGCAGAUAUUGGAAAAGUGAGUUGAUAAAAAUUAUUUACAAUGUGCUUAUCACAUUCAAAGAUGAUCUUCGCACCGAGCAUGCGGUAUAAACUGUCAACGUCACUUUCAAAAUCUAGAUUUCAUUAUGCGGCUAUUCAACAUCUUUUUUCAAUGCUGAAUUGGUUUAGAAAUCUUAUUCAGGACAGCUGCGAAAAUAGGAAAACGAUUGAGAAAAUUGUUUAUCAGCAUUUUUCCCGAAAAUGUGGAGGAACGAAAUGAAUUUGUUAAGUGGAGGGCUGUAAUGCGUUGGGUGGAGGAGGGGGGCUAUUCUCAGUUUAUGCCAAACUUCUGAAGUGCUCGAGCCACUUUUUCAAAAACACCGUAAGAUUCAAAAAAAAUAUUCAUAUUUUUGCAGCGGUAAUCAUGCAAUAAGAUGUGAAGUUGUUGGUUCGCCAUCAGUUGAUAUCAAUAUCCAAGGAGUUUUGAUUGAUCAUAUUCAUCGUUGGCCUGUUCGAAUGAAUUUGAGACGAGAGGAUUUUUAA